CUCUCUAUCAUUCUCUCAAAGUAUCACUUGUUUACAUAACCCAAUCCCGAAUUAUGCUUCUUAACAGGAUUAGCCCUGGAUUCUGGGUCACUGACCCCAAACCGAAGGCUGUGAGUUUUGUCAGCCGGAGGGUAUCGGUGCCUUCACCGGCGAGGCCUGUGGCAUUUCUUGGUUGGCUUCAACAGAGGGAAAACGAUAAGCGCCGGUCAUUAUGCACCGCCGAUGAGCUUCAUUAUGUCUCUGUUUCCGACUCCGAUUGGAAGCUCGCUCUCUGGCGCUACCUGCCCUCUCCCAAGGCACCUACCAGGAACCACCCACUUUUACUAUUGUCAGGCGUUGCAACCAAUGCUAUUGGCUAUGAUCUCUCUCCUGAGUCUUCAUUUGCUCGGUAUAUGGCUGCACUAGGAUUUGAUACCUGGACCCUUGAAGUUCGAGGUUCUGGGUUAAGCACUCACGGAGUUUACUCAAAGGAAAUUUUCAAAGACCUUGGAGCUUCGUUUGACUCAGAAACUCCUUACAUGAAAAUCAGAGGGUUAGAAUCUGAGAUAGUGACUAAAUAUGACAAGCUACGACCAACAGCGAAGCUAAUGGAUGUCUUUCCAAGAUUAUCCAAUGAAGUUUUAGACUUUAUCAGUGGGGAUUUGCGGGGAAUGAGGGAAAGUUCUACUGUUGCUAGUCAAAUGAGGGAUUUGAUCCGUAGGCUUCAGGCUAUUGCUGCAGGGGAUCGGCCAUUAUUCCCAGCUCACGUUUUGGCGAUGCAAGAGCGUUUUAUAACCAGCAUUCAAGAAUUUCAGGAACAACUUGAGCUGGUUGCGAAGAAUGAUUGGGACUUCGACCAUUACCUGGAAGAGGAUGUACCUGCUGCGAUGGAGUACAUAAGGACUCAUUGCCAACCAAAGGAUGGAAAACUGCAUGCUAUUGGUCACUCAAUGGGGGGUAUCCUGUUAUAUGCUACUCUCUCACGCUGUUGUUUUCAUGGAAAGGAUUCUGGGCUGGCAUCAGUUGUUACAUUGGCAUCGUCACUUGACUAUUCACCUUCAAGAUCAUCUCUCAAGUUGCUUUUACCACUGGCUGAUCCUGUUCAGGCAUUAAAGAUUCCUGUUAUUCCAGUGGGGCCAAUACUUGUUGCUGUUUAUCCUCUCGUGAACUAUCCUCCCUAUGUUUUAUCAUGGCUAAAUUCUCAGAUUUCAGCUGAAGAAAUGGAUGAAAAGCUAUACCAAAAACUUGUUCUCAACAACUUCUGUACAAUACCUUCUAAGCUUCUCUUGCAGUUAAAAUCAGUUUUCGAGAAGGGUGGUUUAUGUGAUAGGAGUGGAUCUUUCUUCUACAAAGAACAUCUCGCCAAGAGCAAGGUGCCUAUCUUAGCAGUUGCUGGUGACCAAGAUCUAAUCUGCCCUUCUGAAGCUGUGUACGAAACGGCUAAGCUUAUUCCUGAAGAAUUACUUACCUAUAAGGUUUUCGGUGAGCCCGGAGGUCCACACUAUGCCCACUAUGACUUGGUGGGGGGUCGUCAGGUUGCAGAUCAUGUGUAUCCAUGUUUAACAGAGUUUCUCAUUCAUCACGACAUGGAUUAGUUCAUUUCUCUCUUUAGAUGACAAGCACAUCUUUCCUGUUUCCUCUACUUCAAAAGGAUCACAAGAUCAAUUCUUUGCAGAGAAGAUACUCCUUCAUAGAUAGGUAGGUAGGCAGGUGGAUAGAUAGAUGAUGCAAGACAAAGCAAGGCUUUCUGUUGUAUGUAUUACUAGCCCGACGCUGAAAGUCCAUAUUUGUAAAGAAUAACAACGAAUAUAAAGGACACAGACGCAUAUCUAUUGCUACAUAACUAAUUUAACGAGAUUUAAAAAAUUAGUCUUAAUUAUUUGAGGAAAAAAAUGUGUUGGCAGCCCUUACUAAAAUUCUCUUUAACAUAAAUUCUCCUUGACAUGUAUAAAAAUAGUUUGAAGGAAAAAAUUCUAAGUUUAGACAACAGAAGGGAUAGAGGUUAUGUAUCUGGGAUCAAAGCAAAUUCUCUAUAUUUAAACCUAUUAUGUCAUGUCUAAAGAAUAUGCUUGUAUUUCUUAAAGAUA